GUGUCAGUGUUGGUGGCGACGGCGCUGUUGGCAGCGCUGGAGAGUGGCGUGGUGGCAGCCCCCAGAGGCACCUACUCCUACAGGACGGUCCACCAAGCCAGCUCCUCGAACAACGCUCUGACACCCUCACGGACGCGGGGCCUGGCAGGCACAAGCAGGCAAAAUGGACUAGACAGAGAAACCCAGCGGUCUCCAUACUCGCCCGUAGACUAUACUCCCGAGGUGAAGUCAGCGAGAAACGCCUUCUUCAAGCUAUAUGACAAGCAAGCGAAGCUCGCGAAGGCCGCCCCAGACCUGAGUGUCGACGGCCGCUACUCCUUCUCCCAGAGGCUGCCGGGACCCGCAGCCGAGGACGACGACCACCAAGACGACAUCUACUAUUACUACUACUAUGACGACGAAGAGCACGACAGCGAGGAAGAGGAGUAUGAGUUCGAGGAUGAGGAGGACGACGAGGAGGAAGAGAGUCACGAAGGAGAUGAAGAAGAUGAUGAUGAUGAUGAUGAUGAAGAUGAAGAUGAUGAUGACGACGACGAAGAGGAGGAGGAAAGUCAUGAGGAAGACGAAGAUGAUUCGGAAGAAGGAGAUGACUCGUCGGAGGAGGACGGUGCCGACUCGUCCUCUGAAGAAGGCGCUGACUCGUCCUCGGAGGAAGGGGGCGUGUCUAGCAGCGAGGAAGAGGACGGCUUCGGGGGAGAGAGCUCCUCGGAGGAAUCCUCCGAAGAAGGCGACGACGGCGACGACUCUUCCUCCUCCUCUUCUUCUUCGUCGGAAGAGGACGGCGCCGGCGGCUUCGACAUCGCCAGCUGGGGGAGACGGAACACCAACGCCCUCCUGGCCCGCACCCCGAGGCCAGUCACGGACACGCCAGAGGUCAAGCAGGAGAAGAGGAACUUCUUCAGACUGUACAAGAAGCAGGCGGAGCUCGCUUUCAACGCCCCCGACCACUGAGAUGCGGCGCUCUGCUCGUGCAGGGACGCAGCCGCUCGGUCAGGACUCUUCAUUGCUUUGCUUGUCAGUCAAACUCCUACAGCGGCAGGUAUUCCGUUGCUGUGAUUCAAACCCAGUGCAUUGAGGACAAAUAUGCGAACGAAAUUAUAAUAUUUAAAACACAAAAAAAGAGCAUAAUAUAAAAAUAACUUUGUCAUGAAUAGGAGUAGACACUGAUAUGUUUUAAGCAAUUAUCAUGGAUUUUUUUCAAAUUCUUACUCUAAGUAAUGGUUUGAAAGCCACAACUCAUUAGUUUAUUAAGUGCCAACUUAUUUUAUGAAGGAUAAUGUUGGUUAGCCUAUUUAGGUUAGUAAAAUAACAAAUUAUAUUUUUUUAACAUUUAAGGCAUGCAAAAGUGCUUUUUUGCUUCAGUUUUGACACACAUUGGAUAAUAAUCCUAAAACACAAUGCUCGUCCGAGAUUUUAUAUCAAAUAACAGUACACACAAACACCUGUAUUUUAGUGUUCAUAGGGUUCAAAUUCGUAUAUAUUUGUUUUAUGAUGUACACGUCAUCAUACCGCGCGCGUCACAAGUAAGAUUUCGCAAGAGCUCUCUCCCCUUCCACUUCUAAUAAUGGAUUUCUUAGGAAAAUCUCCAUCGAAUUAUCAUUAACUGCUCAGGGCCAUCCAUUGCGGAGGAAACUCGGUUUACGGUCUUCGGACUGGCGAAGGAGAUCAAGUUCGGCAAGGCAGUCGGCGGUGCUUCUGCGUCUCGGAAGUCAGAGGGUCCGAUGUCGCUCUUUAUUGGAGGUUAAUCGAGGGCUCAAGACGCUCCACUUCGGGGAUUGGAUAUAAUAUA